CGAAGCUCUCGUCGGAAGUUCCCGGCGAAUCUGCUUGGCUGGAUUUCGGCCGAGGAAGAAAGGAGGGGAAGGUUUCGAACCACGGGUUUUGCAAAUGGAUGAUAUCGUAAACAACUAUAAGAAGAUGGCAAUUGGAGAGGAGGUUAACGAGCUUGACUUCGAUGCGGAAGAGGCAGGGAGGAGAUUUGGAUGCGGCCGAGGAGCAGAUGGGUUUCUCGGUGGUCAGUGCGGUGAUUACUGACCAGAAAAUCAAUUUUCCGGUGUUUCAGGAGCUGUUGGCAUCAAUCUGGCAUCCCGGGAAGGAAGUUGCAAUCAAGGGAAUUGGAGAUAAAAGGAAACCCCUGAAGAAGGGUACUACUCUGAAAAAGAAAGGAAAGGGACAUUGGCUAGAUUUCAAAUAUGAGAAACUACCCAAUUUCUGUUCCAUGUGUGAGGUGAUUGGACACUCGGAUAAAUUUUGUCCUCUUAGAUAUGAGGAGGGGAUUGUUCUCGAGAAAUUAUUUGGGGGUAGGGCUCAGGGCCGGUGGAGGGGUGAAGACCAGCCCUACAUGAAUUAAUAAGUGGCUAGUCGAUGAUUCUUCAAGCUAUGGGGAAUUCGGGCAACAACGGAAGACUGAUCUCGGGGACGAGUAUUCGGCAGAGACUAGUGCUAAUGUGUCAAAACAGGGGGCAAACGACAUGGAAGAG